AUGUCAAACUUUCAAAGCAAUUUCAAUCAGAAGAUAGAUUAUGUGUUCAAGGUAGUGUUGAUUGGCGAUUCUGCGGUCGGGAAAUCACAGCUCCUGGCUAGGUUUUCUAGGAACGAAUUCAGUAUCGAAUCCAAGGCGACGAUCGGUGUCGAGUUCCAGACCAGGACACUUUCAAUCGAUAAUAAAACCGUCAAAGCUCAGAUAUGGGACACCGCUGGUCAAGAACGGUAUAGAGCGGUGACGAGUGCAUACUACAGAGGCGCAGUAGGGGCAAUGCUUGUUUACGACAUAACAAAACGACAGUCAUUUGAUCAUGUAGCGAGGUGGUUGGAAGAACUGAGAGGCCACGCAGACAAAAACAUCGCCAUUAUGCUCAUAGGCAACAAGACUGACCUCGGCACACUCCGAGCCGUGCCAACCGAGGAUGCCAAAGAAUUUGCUCAAAGAGAAAACCUCUUCUUCAUGGAGACAUCAGCCCUCGCUGCCAGUAAUGUCGAGCCAUCCUUUCUCAAGGUUCUCACUGAGAUCUACCGAAUUGUCAGCAAAAAGACGCUUGUUGCCAACGACGAAGGAGAGUCUGGUGGGGGCUCUUCCCUCCUCCAAGGAACUAACAUUCUUGUUCCUGGACAAGACACUGAAUCUAAAGGGAAGGGAUGCUGUGGAACAUCAUAG